CUCUGUUUCUCGCUCUCUCUCUCAGUCUGUGUAGGCUGCACAUAAUGAACAGUCACACUCCACCAUCCUCUCUCUGCAGUAACCACUGCAAACCGUCUACCCUGAGAUACAGAGGGGGAGGAAAAAAAGCGAUAGAGAGAUAAAUGGAUGAAUGAAGACAGGAGGACAAAAUAAAAGGAGGACAGGAAAAAAAACUAUAGAGGGAAUUAUCACAGUGUUUUUCCUUCUCUCGUUUAAUGUUCUCUUCCUCUCCUUUCAUCCCUCUCUCUCUUUUUCAUCUUUUCAUUCAAUACCUGUACGCAGGGAUUAACAUGACUUAAAAUGCAAUCUACGGACGGAGAGAUCUGGACGGAGGUAGAAAUGGGAAAGGGGAUGAGGAAAGAGAGAGGGUUUGUCCUCUGAAGAGAUUUCGUGUUGUACAGCUGGCGAGAGAACGAGGGAACGAGAGAGAGACAGCGGCAGGGAGAGAGAGGUGAAGAAGUGCACUCUAGAGAGAGAGAGAGAGAGGAGAGAGAGAGAGAGUUGCCUGUUUUUUUUUCUGAGGAGCAGCACGUUGGACGGAUAAGGAUAAAGAGAAGAUAGGACAUUCUGUGAUUCUGUGAUUCCGUACAGAUGAAUCCGGAUGACUAGGUGAACAUCAUCAACAACAAGGACACCCCCCACUCGUCCAUCAUCCCGUUGUCCCUCAACACCUCCAUCCACGUUCCUUAUUGUUCAGCCCUUAACCCGGGUUGUUUGUCCCACCAAGGGGACGGGGAAUCUUAACCCGGGUUGUUUGAUCCACCAAGGAGAAGGGGAAUCUUAACCCGGGUUUUUGGACCCACCAAGGGGACGGGGAAUCUUAACCCGGGUUGUUGGACCCAUCAAGGGAACGGGGAAUCUUAACCCGGGUUGUUGGACCCACCAAGGGAACGGGGAAUCUUAACCCGGGUUGUUGGACCCACCAAGGGGACGGGGAAUCUUACCCCGGGUUGUUUAACCCACCAAGGGGACGGGGAAUCUUAACCCGGGUUGUUUGACCCAGCAAGGGGACGGGGAAUCUUACCCCGGGUUGUUUGACCCAGCAAGGGGACGGGGAUUGUUUGGGAAAGAAAGAACAUAUUCUAUUAUAUUCCCAUACUCGGAAUAAUAUUUGUGAUGCGGAACGCGUGGAAUGAUUCCCUGAGGAGAGGGAUGCUGACAUAACAGAGGGACAGAGGGAGGAAACGACUGAAGGAAAGAGAGAGACAUAUGAGCAAUCUACGGUGGAACAGAGGAGAGGGAGAGAGGGGGAGGAGUGAGGGGAGAGAGGGGGAGGAGGAGAGGAUCUGCCUGUUCACGAUCUUCAUUCACUUGAUAUCAAUAUUAUAAUAUAUUCAUACAAGAAUUCCCAGAAUUCUCAAACAGGAAAUGGCGGUGGAAAAUUAUGGCAAAGCAAACAAAUUGAAUUUCUUCAGAUUUUUGUGUGUUUUUUUGGGAUUUUCCAGAUUCUCUUUGGGGAACAAUGUGAAUGAGAUUGAGUGAAAAUCAUAUUUCUCUCCCUGGAACUAAACAAGCGUGAAAGGGAUCGUGGAGUGUGUGACUCAGCGACCCAAAUCCGCCUCUUUGAUGUGUGUGUGUCGGAAGGGAGUACACACACACACACACACAAACACACACACCAGGAUACACACCUGGGGCGGAAUCUGCGCCAGACACACACACACCUGGUUGGAGGAUAGGUGUGACACAGACAGAAAAGGUCUGUGGAUAAAUCUCAAUAUUAUCAUGCCAGACCCCCCACCCCACCACCCCACCCGAAGACGACACCCAUCGCCCCACACAGACCUACACCCACAGAGAAGGGCAGAACAUUCCAUCCUCUCCUCCGUCCAUCCCUCCAUCACUCCUUCAAUCACACUUCAGAAUGACAGUGAAAGACUUCCCCAAUCACUUCCUCGAUCAUUCUCCUCGCAUCUCAUUCGCUGUUCCCCGAAAACUCCUCCCAACCCUACUCUUCCCUCGCAUCUCAUUCGCUGUGUCUGCCCCACCCCUGGCCCAUCUCCUGCUUUUCCGGCCCUCCAUUGGCUGACACUGGUCACAUGCUGCUGCCUGUUGCCCUCUCUGAUUGGUGCAGGGGAGAUGUGGGACGUGGUUGCGGUGUGUCCAUUCCACUGUGUCUGUCGGAACCUGUCAGACUCUCUGAGCACGCUCUGUGCAGAUAAAGGCCUCCUAUUCGUUCCACCGAAUGUCGAUCGGCGAACUGUCGAGCUCCGAUUGGCUGAUAACUACAUCACGGAAGUAGGCGGGUCGGACUUUGCCAACAUGACCGGAUUAGUUGAUUUGACUCUGUCCCGGAACACUAUCCACUCCAUCCGACCAAUGGCGUUCUCCGAUCUAGAGAGCUUGCGAAGUUUGCAUUUGGACGGUAACCGCUUGACGACGCUGGGCCCGAGAGACCUUGUGGGAAUGGUUAAUCUACAACAUCUCAUCGUCAACGGUAACCAGCUGACGAGGGUGUCGGCGGAAGCGUUCGAUGAUUUCCUGCUGACGCUGGAGGACCUGGAUAUCUCAUACAACAACCUCCGAAGGGUCCCAUGGGAGUCGAUCCAGAACAUGGCCAGUCUCCACACCCUGAACUUGGAUCAUAACCUGAUAGACCACAUCGCAGAGGGAUCCUUUGGAGAACUGUACAAGCUGGCUCGCCUGGAUAUGACCUCCAAUAGGCUGAGGACCCUGCCACCUGAUCCCCUGUUUGCAAGGUCUCAGACGGGAGCCAUCAGUCCCACUCCCUACAACAGCGUCAUCAGUCUGAACUUCGGAGGGAAUCCGCUACACUGUAACUGUGAGUUGCUAUGGUUACGGCGGCUGGUCCGAGAGGACGACAUGGAGACAUGCGCCACGCCCCCUCAGCUAGCCGGCAGGUAUUUCUGGUCCAUCCCUGAGGACGAGUUCACCUGUGAACCGCCCCUCAUCACCAGACACAGCCACAAGCUCUGGGUCCUGGAAGGUCAAAGGGCAACCUUGAAAUGCAGAGCCAUCGGCGACCCCGAACCCGUCAUCCAUUUCGUCUCACCCGGCGAUCGGAUUGUGGCGAAUUCCAGCCGCACGACAUCGUACCGAAACGGAACAUUGGAUCUCUUAGUUACGGUUGCUAGGGACGACGGAGCGUACACGUGCAUAGCGAUAAACGCAGCGGGGGAGGCUACCGCGACGGUGGAUCUAAAGAUCGUUCCAUUGCCACAUCGGAAUGGGAAUGUGAACGUUCCGGGGAAUGUGACGGUUACCGGGAACACUGGGAAUUCUAAUGGGAAUAUUCCGGGUUCUUCAGACAUCACCACCGGGAAAAGUGGGAAUACCGGAGUUAAUGGUGGAAAUGGAGGGAAUGUGAAAGAAACGGAGGAGAGGAGAGGAGAGGAGGGAGAGGGGGAUGAGGAGGAGGACGGGGGGACUAGGAUGGAGGAAGGAGAGAGGAUUGUAGGGAUACAAGGAGUCACUUCAACCUCAGCCCAGGUGAGAUGGGACCUGGGCCGAUCGGCUGGAGUUUACCUGGUGUGGAUGUUUCAGAUACAGUACAACUGUACAUCCGACGAGGCGCUGGUGUACAGGAUCCUCCCUUCUACAAGUGACAGUUUCAUGUUGAAGAACCUGGUCUCUGGAACGGACUACAACCUGUGUGUCCUGGCCAUCUUUGAUGACACCGUCACCUCACUGGCCGCAACCAAGGUUCUUGGCUGCGCCCAGUUCAGCACUAAAGAACUCUACCCAGAAUGCAAAUCUCUACAGGCCCACUUCCUGGGUGGAACCCUGACAAUCCUGGUCGGAGGCAUUAUAGUGGUAACACUGCUGGUGUUCACCGUGGCGCUGAUGGUGCGUCACCGUGUAUGCAGUAACCACGGUGACCAAUGUCACCACGGGGAUGAUGGUGACGAGCCAGGAUGUUGCCAGAGCGGGUCAUUAGGGAGUCCGGUGAAAGGGGCGGCGGCCGGAGGUAGCGGAGGAGUCUACAGCCAAUCGAAUGGCAAUGGGGAUGUGAUGAUGGUGGUCUUGCCCAAUGGGCUGCCUUCGAAGCAGCGAGGGGGCGGGGAGAAGGAGAGAGUAAAGGAGAAAGGAGGGGCUGACGUACCUCCUAAUUUACCCCCCAAACCAAAACCUAAAGCCCAAACUCUGCCCAGGCCUAUAGUAACCUGGGAGGGCAGGGGAGAGAAAAGGGGAGGACAGGGUGAGAGACAACUUCCUCCCUACACCCCCGAAGCAGUAAAGGACUCUGUCUACUAUGCUCCUGUCGUAAGCUCCUCCCCCUCCACCCUCCCCCGCCAAUCACGAGGAGGAACAGGGAUGGGGAGGGCU